GUCCUGGAGGACUACGCAGAUCCCUUCGAUGCGGCGCAGGUGGCUGGUAGCCAGGCAGGGCUGGAGAAGGUGACGGAGAAUGAUGGAUACAUGGAGCCGUAUGAAGCCCAGAAGAUGAUGGCUGAGAUCCGCCAGAAGGGCUUACGGGAGGCUCCCGCCCGACCACUCCACCUCUAUGACACUCCCUACGAGCCUGUGCUUGGGGGGCUGGACAUGGACGGUGACCGCCUGGCUUGCCCCAGGCCCAGGGAGUCCCGGUUGCCCGAGGAUGACGAGCGGCCACCGGAGGAGUACGACCAGCCCUGGGAGUGGAAGAAGGAGCGGAUCUCCAAAGCGUUUGCAGUUGAAAUCAAGGUCAUUAAAGACCUGCCAUGGCCACCGCCGGUGGGACAACUCGACAGCGGUGAAAGCCCCCCGGACGUUCCCCAGAUCCCUGCAGAGCUUCGUAGAGAAAAAAACAGCGUGGCUUUUGCUGCCUCCCAGAGGGCUGCCCUCAGGCACGGCUCCAGCAGCCUCAAGAGCACUAAGACGCUGAUCGCGGAGCCUGGCCCUUUUGUUGGGGAGAGGAUUGACCCUGCCCUGCCCUUGGAGAGCCAGUGCUGGUACCACGGGGCCAUCAGCCGGACGGAUGCAGAGACACUGCUGAGGCUGUGCAAGGAAGCCAGCUACUUGGUGCGCAACAGCGAGACCAGCAAGAACGACUUCUCCCUUUCCUUGAAGAGCAGCCAGGGCUUCAUGCACAUGAAACUGUCCCGGACCCAAGAGAACAAGUACGUGCUGGGUCAGCACAGCCCGCCCUUCGACAGCGUGCCGGAGAUCAUUCAUCACUACGCCAGCCGCAAGCUGCCCAUCAAGGGGGCUGAGCACAUGUCCUUGCUUUACCCGGUGGCUAUC